CGUACACAACAUUUACUCCUCCAUCACUCCUCUCCACUCGACCACACACCACGACCCACGCACCAUGCCAGCCCUCGGACUACGAGCAUCGCGCGCGCGUCUCAUCGCCGUCGCUGUCGCCGUCGCCUUGUGCUUCGCGACCCGCGUGUCGGCCGACUCCAAGGCGCAGACCGUCUUCGAGGCGCCCCACGGUAGCAACGAGCACUCGACCACCAUGCGCGCCGUGUUCGAGUUCCUCUUCCCCUUCAAGAGCCCUGCGUACAACUCUAUCCUCGGCACCUUCUACAUCUCGUCUAUCCCCAACUUUAUCCUCGCGGCCGUCCCCGCUGACCUGGAGCCCUCGUCGUUGAAUACCAUGAUUGCGUUCGCAACCGGUGGUCUCCUCGGCGACGUCUUCCUCCACCUCGUCCCCCAUGCAUUCUUCGGCGAGGGCGACCACGAGGAGGGCCGCAAGAUUGUCGUUGAGGAGAAGCGCAACAUUGUUAUUGGCGGCGCUAUCUUCCUCGGAUUCGCCGCCUUCUUCGUCCUGGACAAGACUAUGCGUGUGCUCAACUACUCGGCUGGUAACGAGGAGGGAGGCCACGGUCACAGCCACAGCCACGGUCACGGCCACAACCACGGUCACUCGCACGGCGAGUCGACGGCCGUCAAGAAGUCGGAGGGCGAGCUCAAGAAGCGCAAGAACGGCAGCGACGACAAGGCCGAGGUUGUCGAGGCCGAGAAGCCCAAGGAGGCCAACGCUUCGCUCAAGCUCUCGGCUUAUCUUAACCUCUUUGGCGACUUUACGCACAACAUUACCGACGGCCUCGCCAUGGCGGCCAGCUUCUACUCGAGCCCUCAACUUGGCGCCGUCACCACGAUCGCCACAUUCUGCCACGAGAUCCCUCACGAGGUUGCAGACUACUCCAUCCUCAUCAAGUCUGGCUUCACAAAGUGGCAGGCCAUGGGCUCCCAGUUCUUCACGGCCGUCGGUGCGUUCGUUGGCACCUUCCUUGGUAUUUGGAUCGCAGAGACCACUGGAUCGGGCAACGUCGACUCUGCGCUCAAGGUUGGCGAGGGAUUCUUUGGCACCUCUGUUGGUGGCGGCGAGCUGGUGAUUCCCAUGACCGCAGGUGGCUUCCUCUACAUUGCCAGCGUCAGUGUCAUCCCCGAGCUCCUCGACGAGUCGCGCAGCGCCAAGCAGGCGCUCAAGGAGUACGCCGCCAUGGCGUUCGGCGUGUUUUGCAUGGCGGUCAUUGCUUGGAACGAGUAGAGAGAGAGACACACGGUGGAGAGUAGCAUCUGAGCAUGGUGGCACUGGGCACUAACGACGAGUGAUUCUCUGCUAUACAUCAAUCUUGCAUGGAUAGAAGAAGGUUGAAAGUGUAG